AUGGAGGAGGCUCCUUUGAAGAAGUUAUUACUACGUCUUACUGGUUUUUCUAUUUACGUGCUCAUCGGUGGAGUGGUUUUUAUGCAAAUCGAAAAAGAGGAAGAUCAAAACGCUGCUGAACAAACGGAUGAUUUCCUGCUCAAGUGGAUGAAGACAUAUAACAUUUCCAGAGAAAAUGUCACAAACAUGUUACAAGAUUUCCAAAGUUUGAAAGAGAAUGGAUACAAACCAUCAUGGAGCUUUAUUAAUUCAGUCUACUUUGUUCUGCAGCUCCUCACUACAAUAGGUAAGGGUUGAAUACUUCCUUUAAUUUAUUUUUUUUCUUGUGUCAAAUUACACAAUUGAUAAAAGGGAAAGAUGUUUUUAAAAAAUGAUCAGGAUAAACCAAUAUAUCGUGGCUUCAAUAAAGCAUAACUAUCUAAAAUGCGGUGAACAUCAAAUAUUGAAAUGUUUUUUGAGGGGAGGAGGAGGCACUUUUUUAUUUGGCCUAAACGGGUGAGCCUCUAAACAAGGAAUGAUUUUGAUCAGGGUCUUGAGUCUUAAAGAGGGUAUACAAUUUCACCAUUUCGCUUCUUGAACUGGGUGGUUUUUGUUUUGAACUGGAAGGUUGGCGAUGAGCGGUAUACAUUUGCGGCACCAACAUUUUUUAAAAAUAUCUUAUUGCGUGAUUUUAGUUGGAAAAAUUAGUUUAUUCUGUAUGUACAAACGAAAGGAAUCAGGGUAAUAAAGUAAGCUCUCUUUUCUUGAAGUGACUAAGCACAGUUUCUCUGACAUAAACAUUUGUUUUCGCGCGCGCCAAAGACUGACGUGGUCUGGAAAAAUGAAAACUUCGUUGUUUUCGCCCCUUGAAAUGCUUUAUCCCUCUACUGUUAACAUUUUUACUAUGAGAAGACAUGCAGCCAAUGGGAUUUUCUAGUAAAAAUGUGAGGACCAGCUGAGAGAAAUGGCCAGAAGUUGUCUGUAGAAGUUUAUUCCGUUUUCGUCGCUUUUGUCCGGCAUCGCGUGACCCUGGCGCGCGCACAAGUUCUGAGAACAAUUUUUUUUGUGGACUUCCAUAGACAGAGCUUAAGCAACUAAGACGACGACGACAACGACGACGUCAAGAAACAAUUGUUUUUAUGAACAAAACAACAGCUCUGCACGUGCAUCUCGCUUUUUAGUACAUUUCUUUGACGUCCACCGCAGGACUACGACGUGAAACCUCCCAAUGCGACGUGUUACGGAGGACGUAGAUGGCUAAAGUCCCUAAGAAUUCAACUCCAGGAAAGUCGCCUGCAUUUGACGAAUUGAGCGGUUCCAAAUUGACGCGAUAAAGUUUGAAAGGACGCAAAUACAUUUUUUUAGUGAUGUUUUCACUGCCGUUGUAGUCGUUGUUGCUUAAGCUCGCUGAAAGAAACGACGAUAUCUCAAAAUCUACUCAUUAGAAUUUGACAACAUUUGGCAAAAUUCUUGUCAAUAUCGCCCUUUAAGGCUGAGGGGGACACCUGUCUCUGAAUAAAUUCAUAAGGCAAAAUUUUGCUUGUGCUACUUCUUUUAAAACGCUUAUAUCUCGGCUGUUUUAGAGGCGAUUUCGAUAAAAAUUUUACAGAAAUAACACUUAGCUGAAUAGGGCUCUACAAUGACAAAAUAUAAGCAAAGCUUUGAAAAAUGUGUAAAUAAAAUUCAAAGGACGCAAGACGCCUACAAAUUUUGGAGGGAAAUUACCGAAAUUACGUCAUCGAUAAACUCACUUGUGCCUAUGGAAAAUAAACCACUCGGGUCCCGGAUGUAGUUUUUAUGAAUUUUACUAGUGGUAUAUUUUACAGUAAAACACUUGUGUCUAUAUAAUAAAACCUAAUAAACGUAGUGUCUUAAUUUAUAAAUAUAUUUUGUCCGCGACAAAUUUAAGCUUUAUACCUGCAACGAGUCUGAUCUUAAAUAACACCCCAAUGAAUAUUAACGACUCACAUCACUGGCAUGUAUACGUACCAAACUGUGUUCAGCCACCUUAAACAGGGCAGCGAAAGAAAGAUUUUUGUCGUAAAACAGGGUCAGGGUUUGAAGGCCUGCGCGGCACACCUCUGCCAAAACUUCCGGGGUUUUGUUUCUUCCCUAAAAUUUCACAUUUACCUUGAACAGCGACCGCAAAGUCAUAUUUGCAAAAAACAUAACCCUUAAUAUUGAUUCGGAAGCAGUUCAUUUACCCUCUGUAUAUGCUGCAGCGUGCAGCCACGUCGAACGAAAUCUGUUGUGCGCCACUUGUUGUUGCUGUAGUUGCAUCAUGACCCCAAGGAAUUUAUUAUUUGUUCUUUUCAUUACAUACUACUGCCUGAAUUUACCCAAAAAAUGUCAAUAAUGUUAAGGCAAACUGAUUUUUCGAGUCAAGACGUAAGGUUUACAGCUGAUUUCAGUGCUGUGUAUACACCCUUAUUUUCAGACAUGAUUCGACGGUCAUGAUUCGACCGUCAUGAUUCGACCGAGAGGUUACCAAGCAGUACAGUAUUUUACCUUGAAUAUCCUACAGGAAUCAAAGCACACAAUCUGAAAGUUACUUUAAUGAUAGCUUGAAUGUUUCUCUUGUAAUUCAGAAAAAGAGGACUGUGAUCCAUAAUUUGUUCUCCUUUUCAGACAACAGCCUCUCAUACAAGUCACGCAAUAUAAUCGCGAUACAUGUUAUCGGGCGUGUGGACGUCUCGAUCAAUAAGUUUUUCGGCUCUUUUCUCAACUUUUUUUGGGCUUCUACCUUGAUCUUUAAAGAAAUAUCAUAUUUUAUCCUUUUUCAAUAAAAAAAGAUGUUGCUUUCUUUUAUGUAUGGUUUUCUUUAUUUGUGCUCACUAGGGUCAUAGGUCGAGGAUCGACUGACAUUGUGAUAUUUGUCAAUGGUCGACAAUACAAAACUUUCAAACUCUCCAGCAAAUUGUUUCACAUCGGCAGACUGAUCAAUUUAUCGGUUGAUUUCUUCUGCAAAACGUCAAGAUUUCUUGUUAUUUUUUAACCCUGCAGAAGCUAAGUAAGGACGAAAAAGUACCAACUUUAAGAAAUACAAAUUUGCCUCCCUGUUAACUAAAUUUGCAUCACUGUUACGUGUGAAUUGCAGGUGGUAUUCACCAACGGCAAAAUAACGAAACCUUGUCAAACGGAAGAAGACUAAACGAUAAACCAUCGGACUAUUUCGCUUUUCGCCGUAUUGAUAAUAUUUCGUCCAUUAUGAAAUCGCCUACAGAAAUACAUUCGAACUCGGCAAUCGAACUCCAGGUUUAUCAACUGAUCACAUGUUAUCAUAAUUUCUGUAUCAUGUCGCUGCUUUCCAGGCAACAAAGCUUUCCUCUCCGGGUAAAGCGCAUUUGUCGGGAUUCUAGCUUCGUUACACUUAUGUCCUUUAGUGCUAAGCUUUCCUUGCCGGCCAGAUUUUUCUCUCACUGUUUCGGAUCCCACGGCACAACUGCAACCGUUUACGUACUGCGAAGCGAUACGUCACGUGAUUAGUGUCGAAUCAUGACGGGUCGAAUCAUGUCUGAGAACGAGAAGUCCAAAGACUACUGCAAAGCUGAUUUAAAACAACGUGUAUUGUUUUUUAUAACAAUAUUUCGGCUGGCCAUACCAGCCUUCUUCAGGUUUACAGAUGUAAUGAAAACUGUUUUCCGUACGGUUUUUGUUGACAGGUUAUGGCAACAUAACCCCUGCAACAGCUGGUGGCCAGGUUUUUACCAUUAUCUACGCAUUUCCUGGAAUCCCAAUCACUCUCCUGGCAUUGCGUGCAGUUGGAAAAUUGGUCAACAUCGGUUUAAAAAAGGCAAACAGACCCCUACACAGAAAACGUCACGGUAUGGCCUGCCCAGAAACCCAAUGUCCUUUCCUGGAAAAAGCAAAUAUGUGCAUCAAUUUAUGUUGCUUCGUUUUAACUUGGGUGGUGGUAACAACAGUCCAAGCGCGUUUGGAGCCAGAGGAGUCUGUUGUGUUUAUUGUUUAUUCCAUGUUCGUGACGUACUCCACUGUUGGAUUUGGCGAUUUUAUCCCCUUUGAAAACCAAAAACCCAUUUUUAUCGUAUUUGUUCUGCCUGGCCUGUCCUUUUUAUCGGGUUUGAUUGAUUCUGUUGUCGCUUACUUGGAAAAAAGCAACGUGUUAGGAAAGCGUUGUUAUAAAUGUGUGAGUUGCCUGGGAGUAAAAAAAUGA